CGCGCUGCGCGUUCUCGCAGUCAUCUGCAUGAACGAGCCUGCAUCGUCCGUGACAAUCCCUUUUCAUCUCUCCUCGGGUGCUAAAACAUAAGGAAGGACAAAAAACAACAACACGGAAAUAAGAUGUCAGGAAUGAACCAGGUAGUAGCAACAUGCUGGACCUGCCUCCUGCUAUCUGCUUUCCUGUGUGAGCCGGUGCUAUCCAAGGGCGGUCGUGGAGGGUCCCGGGGCUCCUCUCGAGGCUCCCACUCCCGCAGCUCCACAGCAGGGAGUUACCGGGGAGGAGGCGCAUAUGGUGGGACUCGCUCUCGCGUCAGGGUGGCAGGGCGAUCGUCCGCAGUGAGGGUGGCAAGUGCAGCAGCAGCAGGGGCAGCAGUAGCAGUGGCGUUAACAGCGGAUAAAUGGUACGCCUCUGCCUACCGCCGCAGCAAAGCCGACAACUCAGAAGAAGAGCUGGAUUACUACAACAGGACCAAUUACUUUGAUGCACAAAUGUCAGGCUCAACUCAAAAUGGAUCAUCUCUCUCCCAACUGGUUUCUAUCAUUAUUGCAACAUUUUCCCCAAAAUAUGGACUUUUACUGGACAGUAUAUUGUAGAUACAGCUUAUUUCUUUUUAGGAUAAGUUCCUGAUUCAGUCUAAGACUGAGCUUCUGCCCUGGAUCUGAAUAUAAUGUGCAGGACUGGCUGGAACCUGCAGUGGGAAGACAAGUUAGAGGCGCAACACAGUGGUGGAAGGACACAGAAAUUACAAAAAAACAUCACUGUACUGUAUGUUUUUAGACAUAUAAUCAUCUAUACCAACGGAUAAAUACACAUUAUAAACACAGUAUUCGUUGUGAUAUUUCACCUCACCUUUGUCAAAUCUGUCAGUGUGUGUGACAGAAACUGAGGUUGAACACAAGAAUAAUUAGCUUCCUUCCCUAAAGCUUGAUUCCUAGAUUUAACUGUGAAAAUGUUUUAUCAGAAAAAUCAAUAACCUUCAUAAAGUGUUAUCAAAUUGCAGACUGCCAAUUUUAAUAGUACUGUCAAACUUAAUUGUAUCUUGAAAAUCGAAUAAUAUGCACAAAAAGUGCAAAGUGAAUGACCAGCAUCAAUGUUCUGUACAACUGAGGUAAAUCAUUUGUUAGCAGAGUUGGGUGUAAAUAUAAAGCCUGAACCUGCAGGAGUUUAUGUAUAA